CCGCCGUCGGCGGCCAGCGCGGGCGCCGCCCGAGACGGUGGGGGCCUGGUUGCCGCCCCCUCAGGAGCCACCAUGUUGGUGAUACCCCCCGGACUGAGCGAGGAGGAGGAGGCUCUGCAGAAGAAAUUCAACAAACUCAAGAAAAAGAAAAAAGCAUUGCUGGCUUUGAAGAAGCAAAGUAGCAGCAGCACGGCCAGCCAAGGUGGUGUCAAACGCUGUGAGUACCAGGGAAAAUGGGGAUGGACUGGAAGUGGGCAGCAUGAGGCUCUCCUUUCUCAUAGCCUAGCCAACAUAAUGCCUCUUCCCCUCAUUGCUCAAGCACUAUCAGAGCAGCCUGUGGUAGAUACAGCCACAGCAACAGAGCAGGCAAAACAGCUGGUGAAGUCAGGAGCCAUCAGCGCCAUCAAGGCUGAGACCAAGAACUCAGGCUUCAAACGUUCUCGAACCCUAGAGGGGAAGUUAAAGGACCCUGAGAAGGGACCAGUCCCCACUUUUCAGCCGUUCCAAAGGAGCAUAUCUGCUGAUGAUGACCUGCAGGAGUCGUCCAGACGUCCUCAGAGGAAAUCUCUGUAUGAGAGCUUUGUAUCUUCCAGUGAUCGGCUUCGAGAACUGGGACCAGAUGGAGAAGAGGCAGAGGGCACAGGGGCUAGUGAAGGCCCUCCUCGAACCUUUGACUGGGGCUAUGAAGAACGUGGUAGUGCCCGCUCCUCAACUUCCCCUCCCCGAAGCCGCAGCCGGGACCGCAGCCAUGAGAGGAACCGGGACAGAGACCGAGAUCGGGAGCGGGAUCGAGAUAAAGAUCGGGAACGGGACAGGGAUCGGGACCGAGACCGGGAGCGGGAGAGGGACCGAGACCGAGACCGAGAUCGAGACCGAGAUCGAGACCGAGACCGAGACCGAGAGGGCCCUUUCCGCAGGUCGGACUCAUUCCCUGAACGCCGGGCUCCUCGGAAGGGUAAUACUCUCUAUGUGUACGGGGAAGACAUGACGCCCACCCUCCUCCGUGGGGCCUUCUCUCCCUUUGGAAACAUCAUUGACCUCUCCAUGGACCCACCCAGAAACUGUGCCUUCGUCACCUAUGAAAAGAUGGAGUCAGCAGAUCAGGCUGUUGCUGAGCUCAAUGGGACCCAAGUGGAGUCUGUGCAGCUCAAAGUCAACAUAGCCCGCAAACAGCCCAUGCUGGAUGCUGCUACUGGCAAGUCUGUCUGGGGCUCCCUCGAUAACCCAUUUUGCCUGAAAAUAUGAAAUAAAUUUUUCCUGGGAAAGAAGUGAACAGAAAGAAAGGCCCUGCAGACAAAAGGAAAGAAAGCCGGAAUUGACCAGCAUAUCAAUAAAGGGCUACAGAGAUUUUUUGAUUUUUAAUUUUUGACAUAUUGAUUGAAAGCAUGUUAACGUCAUUCAUAUGCCUCAGCAAUGACAACAUUUAGGGUUUUUCUAAGAGCAAAACAUUCAUCACAGUCUCCACAUGUGUCACAGUAACAACUCUUUGGCAGUGGUUCAGCAGCUGCAAUUUG